UCCCAUCAGAUGCAGACAGACUGAUUUUGAGAGGCAGUAGUCAUGGUGAGAGCUGAGUAGACCAGACAACUCUGGAGAGGAUCCUCGUUUUUUUUGGUCAGCGGCUGCGACACGCCUAAGGGCCAGGCGGAAGGACCUGAAAAACCAGCUGCCUGAGAUUAUUACUCUCAGCGAGGAGCAGCGGCACCUGGGACUAUUUCUCUCCUGGAGUAGCUCACACACUCUUCUACUCCCUCGAGUCUCCCUCCCCGAACCUGCUGUGACUGUCAGCCCUCCACCGGUGGACUAUGCCCCCCUCAGUCAGCUGAGGGAGGGGGCUCUGCGCUGCUCAGGCUCUCAUCUGGAGAAGACUUGGGCUGAAAUCAAAGAGUAGACGGUUAGAUUAUUGCUGAAGAUGCAAGCUUCAACUGUCUCACCUGUGACCAACACUACAGUACCUUCAAAUACAACCGCCAUCACAAAGUCCAGAGAACAAAUACUCAUCCAGAGUUCUGGGGCUAUGAUCGCUGUCAUCGUCAUUGGUAUCAUCAUCAUUCUUGCCAUUCUACUGAUCAUCCUGAAGACAUACAACAGGCGGACACAUGCAUCCAGAGUCCUUGGAGCCAGUGGUGGCUCCAAACCCCGUCCGAAGAUGUCACAAUCCACAGUACAGAGCAACGUGCCACUGAGCACCAUGGGAGUCAACUCUGUGUCUGGCAGCGUCACCAAUUCAAACCAGGCCUCAGAGAAUGGUUUCCAGCUGACCGGAGUGGAGCUGAACAGCGCAGAGGGAAACCACAUAGAGCAUUUCAGCACUACCAGUGGAUCCACUGUUGUCACCAUACAUGACACUCCAUCAAUAGGAAACACAUAGCACCAAGACUGUGGUGUAGUCUCACAACAGGCGUUGACUGAUGUGUUGUUUUCAUCUGUGACCACAUACUGUGUGCUGACUGAAUCCUGUGGAAACUCAAUCCGUGACGCCAGUGUUGUCGCCGUUGAUCUCCACCAACUGAGCCACUGCCGGUGACGGCACAGAAAACAAAAUGUCCUUUUGUUGUACAAAAAUAUACAAUAUGAACAAAAUGGUACCAGAAACAGACACAAUGGUUUGCAUGAAGGAUGUCACAUGACAGAAAACUGAGGCUUUCCUGUGAAGAGUUGCUUUUUAGCUACAGUCAGUGUUCAGAGUAUAGAUGCCGUAAGUUUCUUACUGUUUGUACUCUUUGUUGAUCACUUCUAACACAAUUAAGAAAGUGCGUAGGAAAGACUGUAAAGGACAGUGCUGGUCUUAAGUGUGUACAUUUCUGUAUUAAGGAGAACUGUGUAGAUUCAUGAGUAAAUGUAGAAUUAGUGUAGUAUAAGAGAAGAUAAAGACAGUAUGACACAGGAUGAAUGUGUGUAAUGGUUACCAGUAUGGUUCAGGACAUAUGUUGAUAUUACAGAUUUGUUUUUACCAACAUUAUUCCUUACUAAAUGUGGUUUACCUUGCAUUGUGCUGUCUGUCUUCUGCCCACAGGUUAUUUUAGAUUAGUUUUUUGUU